AUGUCAACGGUAUCCUCUCCUCGCCCUUCGAUAGCUUCUGCUCAAUCCCCAACGCCUGUAUCGUCUCGGCGUCCAUCAGUCGAAAGCGCAACCUUCACACCCAGAGCUGAUCCUCCUAACAAUGCCUUGCGACGAAAUAGGGCAGCCUUACGAGACUAUUAUAACUUGCAUCCAAACAGAACCGAAUCUUUGGCCCAACCGAGACCAAGAAGCAUUCCGCCUACUCCAGAUGGCCCGUCACGACCCGCCAACCAGAUAUCGAAUAGCGAACUCGAUAGCCCAAACUUUGACCCAGAUGCCUAUGUAUCCCAUUUACUUGCUACCUCAUCUCUAGCUACUAUACUACGAGCAGAAAACUCCCUUGUCAGCGAUAUAAAAACCCUGGAUGGAGAGCGGAAGGCAUUGGUUUAUGACAAUUACUCAAAGCUUAUAAAAGCAGUUGAAACCAUCGGCAAAAUGAGGUCAAUCUUGGAGGAGGAAGGGACUCCCGUAUUGAUGACAAAAACUUUGGCUCCUGCGGUUGGAUUUGUCGCAGAGACUGCCAUGUCACUUAUUCGAGAGCAGGAAGAAUUGAAACCAGCCGGACAGAGACCAACCCCAGCAAAGGAGAAACGAGAUAAACGUAUCAGUCCCGAGAGAGCGACAGUAUUAUGGGCAUUGGAUACCCCAAGGAGAUUGAAGCAACUAUUAGAUACUGGAAGAAGGGACGAAGCGGAAAGUGAUUGGAGAGAGAUACAGCCACUGCUUCUAAAAUGGGGUGAAGUUAAAGGGGUCAAGGAACUUCGAGCUGAAUGCGAAGUGAUUAUUGGCGAGGGCGCUUAUAACCACGGCAAUAUGGGGACCUAG